AUGAAGAGUGUUUCCGCCAAAGACCCGUUUUUUCGCCUUUCUUCCAACGUCCGAGAAAAGAUCAUAACAAGCCUUGAUUAUUACGUCUGGUACAACAAUCUUUGUAAAGCUUCGGUGGUUAUGAAUCACGGGCGGCAUACAAACAAGUUGACAGUUUGCUCGGAUUCUAUCAUUGGCAAAUUUAAUUUCUGGAAUGAUCGCUGGAAUUUUCGAGGCGCUCAUGUGCGCUGUCUUCUUUCUGACGGCCAUUUAUCAGGCAUAAAUGCGGUGGACUACUACAACCAGACACUUAUGGACCCCUUGUUUUCGACAAAACCUGAAAUAGUUUACGAGAUGGAUGCACUUUAUGGACGUUUAGUAGACUACCUCAGUCUGGGCCCUGAAAUUGUCCGUGCAUUCAUCGAGAGACACGCAGAUCGAUAUCUCACCCACCGCGUGGUCAAGGCAUACGGAAAGCAUGGGGAAAGAUUUCCAACGACAUAUCCCUUGAACGCGAGGGAACAUUAUCAUGUGCAGGCUGAGGUAGAGGCUGUGAUGCGAGAGGAACAACUGAGAAAAUGGGAGGAGGAACAGUGGCGAAAAGUGCCACAACUAUCGAAGGUAGAUGUAACCGACGACUUUUGGCUGAGAGCUUAUAUCACCACAGAGAACUUAGUAGAUGUAACCGACAGGACGGAUGAGAACGAAUUGAAUGAGGCAGGAGAGAAGAAGGAAGAAGAAGAAUGGGUGUUUGUUUAA